CAUUCAAUUGAUCCGUGUGUACAGGUCUGUCUCGCCUACUCUGGCGGUCUCGAUACCUCAUGUAUUCUCAAGUACCUGCUGGACCAGGGCUACGGCGUUAUCUGCUUCAUGGCCAACGUCGGCCAGGAGGAGGACUUUGACGCUGCCCGCGAGAAGGCCCUCAAGAUUGGUGCUGAGAAGUGCUACAUCGAGGACCUCCGCAAGGAGUUCGUCGAGGAGCUGUGCUGGCCUGCUGUCCAGUCCAACGCCAUCUAUGAGAACGUCUACCUCUUGGGUACUUCGCUCGCCCGUCCCGUCAUUGCCCGUGCCCAGAUCGCCGUCGCUCAGAAGGAGGGCUGUUUCGCUGUUUCNCACGGCUGCACCGGCAAGGGCAACGACCAGGUCCGCUUCGAGCUUGCCUUCUACGCCCUUCAGCCCACCAUUGAGGUCAUUGCCCCAUGGCGCGACCCCGUCUUCUACAACCGCUUCAAGGGUCGCCAAGAUCUCCUCGACUACGCCGAGCAGUCUGGCAUCCCCGUCACCAGCACAAAGAGCAAGCCUUGGAGCAUGGACGAGAACUUGGCCCACUGCAGUUACGAGGCCGGUAUCCUCGAGGACCCCAACGUCACUCCUCCCGAGGACAUGUGGAAGUUGACCGUCGACCCCACCAAGGCUCCCGAGCAGCCCGAGGACUUUGUCCUGCACUUCGAGAAGGGUCUCCCCGUCAAGGUUGAGCUUCCUGGCGGCAAGACUGUCACCGAUGCUACCGAGCUCUUCCUGGCCGUCAACGCCAUUGCCCGCAAGCACGGUGUUGGCCGUAUCGACAUUGUCGAGAACCGCUUCAUCGGUCUCAAGUCCCGUGGCUGCUACGAGACUCCCGGUCUUACCUGCCUGCGUUCCGCUCACAUCGAUCUCGAGGGUCUGACCAUGGACCGUGAGGUUCGCGCUCUCCGUGACCANAUCCUCUACAACGGUCUCUACUUCUCNCCCGAGUGCAAGUUCCUUCUUCAGUGCGUUGCCGCCUCGCAGGACAGCGUUAACGGUGCCGUCCGCUGCCGUGUCUACAAGGGCUCCUUCAGCGUUCUCGGCCGCUGGUCCGACACCGAGAAGCUCUACGACAUGGACGAGUCCUCCAUGGACGUCAUUGGCGACUUCCGCCCCGAGGACACCACCGGCUUCAUCUCCGUCAACGCCAUCCGCCUGAAGAAGUACGGCCGCAUGAUGGAGGAGGCUGGCAAGAAGAUGUAA